AACCUCGGAAAGUAGCCAAUUCGGCAAACUGUUGAGACUCGAAUACACGUCCCACUAUUUAGAUUGAUAGAGUCGUGAUGUCGUGAAGGUGUUCAUCAGGGGGUAUAGAUGGUAGCAUUCCCUCCACCACUGUAUACAUGAAGGUGACUGUUGUGCCCGCCUGGUUUGAAGUGAUGGUAGCUUCAGAUCGUCCAGCCUCCGUGUACCACACCCCUCCUCCCUACUAUUGUGGUUGUUGAAUGACAAGAAAUUCGUGAAAACAGAUCGUCCUUGACCUCCACGAGAAAUCACUCUCAGUAUGUUCAACGAAUACCUCCGCAGACUGUGGGACAGGCCUGCUUCCAAGGCUAAGCUGUUGAUGUUUGUAGUUGUUGCUGGGGCGGUGAUGACCAUAUAUUGCUUAGUAUGGACAAUGACGUCAUCACAUGAUAUACGUACAGUUUCAGAUUCUAGCCAACCAGUGAGAAAAUCCCAACGGUUUUCGUUAUCUAAUCAGAUUAAUUCAGUACGACAGAGGAAGGCAUAUUUGGACAUUCAGUGUGACGCCAUGAUUGCUAGCGGUGCUAUGAAUAUGACGUUAAACGUUUCCAGAUUAUCUAACGUCAUCGUGGACGAUAAAUAUCGAGUUAUGUACUGUUACGUUCCCAAGGUCGGAUGCUCCAACUGGAAAAGAAUCUUCUUACAUAUGACGGGAAUGUUUAACAAAACAAGGAAAGGUCCAGAGGAUAUUGAACACAAUGAAGUUCAUUUUAAAUAUGUUAAACGUCUUCGUAUCUUGUCGGGUUAUUCCAUUUCCGGUAUUUAUCAUCGAUUACGGAACUACCGGAAGUUCAUGUUUGUUCGUGAACCAAUGGAAAGACUGCUUUCGGCAUAUCGCGAUAAAUUUGCGGGAGUUGGUUUCGAGGACAAAACUUUCCAGAAGAUAGCUAAGGAGAUUUUGAAACGCUUUUACCCGGAUUCUCCAAUAAAGGAAAAUGUUAAAAAAGGUGAUGUCACAUUUCUAGAUUUUGUGAAAUAUUUGGUACACGGAAAGACUUUUUACGAUGACAGUUUUGAGUAUAACGAACAUUGGGAGAGACAAAGCAGGCUUUGUUAUCCGUGUCAAGUGAACUAUGGAUUUAUUGGUAAAUAUACUACACUUGAGGAGGAUGCUAAUUAUAUUCUUAAACAUACCGGUCUUUCCAAGUAUACAUUUCCAAAGAGGUCGGUCUUCUAUAACGCCUCAAAAACAAACGAUAAACUCGGAAAUUAUUUUUCGGAAAUACCAAGUUUUUACCGAAAACGUUUACAGAAACUGUAUAAGACUGAUUAUCAGCUGUUUGGUUAUAAGUUCCCUUUAGAUUUAUGACAGUUUACACGAACUAAAUACCAUAGUUAUAAUCAGAGACAUAUAUAUGUCUCUGUUAAAAUAUAUCGUUUAAUAAACUUUCACACAUUUUA